CUGUUAAAACCAAUAUGGCCGCUGAUAAAAGUUCACUGGAGACUCGGUGGGUUCGGUGACAUUUGUCGUAUCAACAACAAAAGAAUCUUCAGUAACAAAGUGCAUUAAAAUGGUCUCCUCUCGAUUGUUUUAAUCAGCAACAUCAAUGAUGCCCAUCUUCAGGGCUCGUUAUUGUUGAAUUACGAUCGAAAAAUUAAAUCGAGGUAACUUCACCAUCACUCAGCAGUCGUUUAUGGUUUAUUUUGAACGAGUAAUGAGGAAAAUACUGACACAUGACAUGGUUUCGUGCAAUGACAGAGGGAUCGAGCUUGUACCGAUAAUUAAAGACAAGAAUGGUCUCAAAGAUCAGUCUGUGACAUUUGUGGAGCAAUACGUUAAAGAAGUUGGUGAUUUUAGUUCUCAGUAUGGGAGUAAUAUCAGCAUCUCCUACACAGCGUACAAUAUUGCUGGUAAUCCCAGUAAAUUUCCGGACUAUGGUGAUUUUCCUCACGCCUUUGUGAUGAGAACAUACGGGCCAUGGUGGAAUGAGGCACCAUCUCGGUUGAGUGACUUUAUGCCCCAGAACAAUGAGCCAAUUGUUAGUCAGGACUAUAUAGAUGUUAAGUAUCACGAAGAAGUUUAUCCAAUAAGAGUCUCAAUUUAUGAAAUAUACAAUCCAGGCAGUGUCGUCCGAAUAUGGGCCAGGGAUAAUUCAGGCCACUGGCUACAGCUGUGGAGUGGUCCACCGCAGCAAGUACCCCAUAAACCCCGAAUAUUCUCACCUCCCCUAACUCUCUGCAACUUCAAAACUAAAAUGCUCAGGAUAGAAUUCAAUCAUCAUCUUUUGGACUACUACACUGAACUCGAUGCUAUCUUACUCAUUGGCACGACUGAACUUAUCUUACCUCACUUUGGCUUUCAAAAUAGGAGUAUAAGUGCGCUAUUGCAAUUGCUAGGAGGUAGUGAUUGCAAUAAUGAUGACGAACAUAACCUCACACCAGAGCACUCCAAAGCAAACUGUGAUCUGAGAAAGCUGAAGAGCACUUUACAUAAACACUGUGUUUUGUACGAAAGUAAAUCGACAGAUAAACUUCCCAAGGGAAAACUUCUGACGAAACUGGGACUCCAUUGUCACCUGAUACCACCGAUUGAAGAGGCCUUCAACAGUCUGCAGCAGUUUCUGCAGGAGGAUUUUCCAAAGUUGAUUAAAGAGAUUAAUUUAUCGUCAUCGACGACAGUGUCUGUCCAAUGUCCAGAGGUGUCCAGCUCGAAAGAGGGGACUGACAAUACUUGUGGCAGUUUUUCUGUUCUUCCAGACGAAACAGUCUUGAAGAUUCUGAAGAAUUUAGAUUUGAAAUCUCUCUGUCGAUGCUGCAGAGUGAAUAAACACUUCAAUAACGUGGCUCGAGACGCUCUACUCUACACAAGUCUCAACUUAAAACCGUACUGGAACUGUCUAGAUUCAGGAGGAUUGAAUGCACUCGCCCCAAGAUGUCGAUACCUCCAGAAAGUCGAUAUUUCGUGGUGUGGAAAUUACGGCACAAUUACCCCCCAGAACUUCAUUGAAUUCAUUACCUCAACUGGGGGACUUCUAUCUCAUCUUCGUCUGAACUGCUGCAGAUUCGUUAACGAUCAAGUAAUCACAGAAAUUUCUGAGAGUUGUAAAAACCUGAAGGAGUUGUGCUUGCGAAAUUGCAUUCAAAUAACGCCUGAGGGUUUUGUUCAAUUGGAGAAACUGCAGGUUCUUGAGCGAUUGGAGUUGUACAGAACUGCGAUUGAGACAUCGGCAUUGUGCUCAAUCCUGAAGAGGAAUCGAGGGAUGAGGCAUCUUAAUCUAGCUGGAAUGCAUGAGAGAUUGAACAUGGAUGAGGUUGCUGUUGAACUCGCCAAUUCCUGUCCAUUCUUGGAGAGUAUUGACUUCUGGAAGUCACAGACUUUGACACCAACUGGAGUGAGGGCUCUCACGAGAUGCACGAGACUGAGGGAAGUGGACUUUGGAUGGUGCGGUGGAAUGGGAGCACCUGGUGAUUCCCUCAGGACCUUUUUAACUUGUUGUACGUCACUGGAGAAGGUGUUUCUAGCAGCUCUGCGAGGCCUCACAGACAGAGACAUCGAACCUCUUCUUCUCUGCCGUCAACUACGACAAUUGGAUUUACUUGGGACUCGAUCACUUACACCCGACAUUUGCCUCAGAAUUCUCCUCUGCUGUCCAGAACUGAAGAUGAUGGAUUUGAGCUUCUGUGAUGCCAUUAGUGAUACUAAGAUUCAAGAGUGGAGACAAUUGUAUCCACAUGUAUCGAUAAAAAGAAGUUUUCAGGGUGGCAGUUCCCACUUCAUGAGGGAUCGUCCUUAUCCCUGAAAAAUACCUCAUGAUCUGGGGUUUUUUAAAAAUGGACUUUCAUAUGCUGUGUUUUGUACUCGUGCUUAGGAUUUCUACCGAAUUUUCGUGUCGAUAAUUUAUAUAUUUAGAUAUUUACCUUGCUGUAUCGUCGACAUCAGUGUGAAUAAUGAUUAUUUAUUAAUUUAAUGAUUCGAUCAACUGGAGUAAUUGACUGAUGACAUGUAAUCAAUAUUUUACGAUCGAAAUUAAAAGACAAAAAAAAA